UUCCGAGUUAUAUAAAUAUGUACCCUGAAGCAUGACACCACUGCACACUAAUGCAACACGCUUCUUUCUCCCAAACCCUAACACAGCGCUAACAAAACCUCUCUCUCUCUCUCUCUCUAGAGAUCUUGCUGCAUUUUCCGUCAAUGUGAUUCCGAUGAAACUUGGAGCUUUCAGGUUCAAAAUACUGCACUACGUUUUUGGAAAUGGCUUCAGCAUGCGUCAACAACAUAGGGAUGUCGCCGGAUAACUUCCUUGACUGCCCUCCGGCGACCUUCCCUUCCUACGGCUGGCUUAGUCCUCGCGUCUCCUUCAGCCGCGAGGAAGGCCCGUCUAAGCUUGCCGGACCCAAACCGCCCUCUACGGUGGCCGACUACGCGUCAGAGAAGCCAGAUCCGGAAGCUCCGGUUGGAGAUUUCGAGUUUAGGCUCGAGGAUCCGGUCGCCAUGCUCCCGGCCGACGAGCUCUUCUCCGACGGGAAGCUGAUGCCGCUGCUGCUCUCGUCGGUCAAACCUUCACUGAACGAGUUAACCACUUCGUCAGAGAUCAGGUCGCCGGACUCGGCCAAGUCUCGCCGGAGAACGGAAAUCUUAGGAACGGACCCUUACCUGUUCUCUCCAAAAGCUCCGAGGUGUUCGAGUCGUUGGAAGGAGCUUCUGGGGUUGAAGAAGUUGUACCAGAACACUAACCCCAAAACUGAGAGCCACAAAACGACGUCAUGGUCGUCGUCUUCGAGCACGAACCCCAAGUCCCUGAAGUAUUUCCUCCACAGAAGCUCGAAAUCUUCGUCGUCAUCCUCCGACGCUUCACAGAGCUUACCAUUGUUGAAGGACUCGGACUGUGAGUCCGUCUCCAUGUCCUCUCGUCUCUCUCUGUCGUCGUCGUCAUCGGGUCACGAGCACGAAGAUCUCCCGAGGCUCUCGCUCGACUCGGAUAAGCCCAACGCGAACCCGAACCCGAAAUCCCUUCAGCGGCCAAGAAUGAGAAUAGUGAAGCCGAGGGGUACAACAUCGUCGGACAAUAAUCCGAAUCCGACGAGGGUGGGACGGAGCCCGAUGAGGAGGGCAACGGCGGGGGAGCAGUCGGGUGGGGUGGGGAGUAGGGGGGUUUCGGUGGACAGCCCAAGAAUGAACUCGUCGGGGAAGAUAGUUUUCCAGAGCUUGGAACGGAGCUCAAGCAGUCCCAGUAGCUUCAACGGCGGGCCCAGACCGUUCAAGCACAGGGGGAUGGAGCGCUCCUACUCCGCCAACGUCAGGGUCACUCCGGUUCUCAAUGUUCCAGUAUGUUCACUUCGCGGAUCCUCCAAGUCCGUCUCCGUCUUCGGAUUCGGCCAGCUGUUCUCGUCGCCGCAGAAGCGAGAAGGGAACGGAGCCGGAGGGAACAGCAGAGGGUCGCACGCUAAUAGCAGGAACCGCAGCGAUCGAACCUGAUCUCACGAAAAAUAAUACAGCACAAGAUUGUUCUUUCCGGGGGUAGGUGGUUAAUUGCCUCCUUUAUUUUCUCUUUCGCUUUCAACUGAUUUUAGAUCGUGUAAAUAUGCGGGGAUUUCUUGUUAUUGUCAUCAUCAUCAUCAUCAUCGUGGUUGUUCUACGUACGUUUUCUGCUAACAUUGAUGGUAAAAGCAAAGCCCAGGGGGGGUAGUAGAUUUCCAGGAUCUGUUGUAGGACUUGUUCUUGGUUUGUUCUUCUUCCUGAUCUGAAAGAUAUGGAAUCUCUGCCUCUUCUUUUUUUU